AUGCUGAUGUUGGAGGCAAUUACUCCUUCUGAGGCGUCCUUAAUACCUUCGAAGUCUUGUUCCGCCUUGAGUAAUGACACACCGAAGGCCAUUUUACCGAAUAAAACUACUGACCGAAGCCCGAAACAAGCGACUUUCCGUGAGAGCAUGGAACAUAUGAGUUACCGAAUUUCCCCAGGCGAGAAGACAACCUCGAACUCUAACGGCUUCAAGGACAUGCCACCGUUUUUGCAGCCUAUGAUAAAUACCCAUUCGCCCUGCCACAGAUGGCCUAUGCACUUACCUGCCCUAGUAGAGGCAACCAAAGUAGUUCUAAAGGAACUCUCUGGAACAGCAACGGUUAGUGCCUUGGCGAGCUUCCCAGUUCCAUCUACCGCCUCAACUACAGCCGGCGAAACUGAAGCAAAGGGUGUAGAAGCUGACUUUAACGAUCUUGAAUCUAGGAAAAGAACAAAGUUUCUUGGGACAAGGAAAGAGCCCCAAUUUGGCCCAAAGUCGGUCAAGGUCGAGGUAGCAACAAUAAAAUCACAUUCACCCUUGAAUCCUAUUAGGAAAGCAGAUAUUCCUCUAGCACUGAAACCCCUUGGAUAUUUUACCGAUGGAAUUGCGGUAGCUGUGACAGAGGAGAAUGCUUUGGCAACGCAAGAGCCCACAGAACGUUGUAACCCACACCCCUUACGGGAACUGCUGGCCCCUUCUGAUUCUGGCUUACUGCCAAAGACCCGAGCAGAUUGUACUAGAGUAGGUGCCUUAGGCAAAAUAUGGAAUGGUUCCCCAGCUGCUGAAAUUGUUGCAGCUCUCGGGGAGUCGAGUCUGCGCCUGGCGACUGCAGCGUACGAGGGCCUUGAGAGCAGCCCUUCAGAUGUUGGAGGGAGCAGGUGGCAACCGAGGCGGGGUGCGGAAACUCGUUUUUCGGGUAAUUCAUAUGCCAAGCUUUCCCUUGUUGAUUUGCCUUUAUCUCCAAAGGCUCCUUCAUCCAGAAGACAUUGUCGUGCCACCGGACCUAAAGGUGGUAUGCGGCCUUUUUAUAGCCCUCCAGUCAGUAGCAAGAGGCACUCACGGAUCUGUCAACGCACCCCUUUAGGUGGAAGAGAAACGAAAGUGCCACCAAACCCAGUUCGAGCUUCGUCACCGCAGUAUCCCACAAUUCGCCUAGCGAGGUCCGCAUGCCAAAAUGAAUUACCACCAGAUAAAGGCCGGUGCCUCAACGUGCAGAGGAAGUACAACAUAGACAGUGGUUCUCAAAAAUCCUCUUGUGUGGAAUCGAUCAAUUUUCAAUACACGGGAGAGGUGCCCGCUCACAACAAUCCAGUUUGCUGUUGUAACAUGAGGAGCCUAUCUGCGAUGAGAAACACGAGUAGUGCUACCCAUUUUCGGAGCAGUGAGCUCAAGCAACAAGAACGUGAAAAAUGUGUGAUAAACUUAGCUACACCCACACCGAUUGCCUCCAAUGCAUCAUCCUUUAGUCAAUCUGUGCGAAAAGAUUUCGAAGGCCAGGGUAGGUCGCCAAAGCGGCUUCCGCCAGCAGGGCUAGGGCGACAUGACCCGAUUACGAGCAAAUACUAUGCCACUGCCGCGUCCCAAGCAGAGGGCGAGGAUCAGUUUUUAGCCUUGCUGCAGCAGUCCCUAGGGAUUCUACAACGAGAGGCCUCUCGCUGCUUUGCCACGUCCCAGGCCAGCAUGAAACAAAAACUCUGUGUGGAACUACAGCGCGAGAAGCAGUUGCGGUUGCGGCUGCAACAGGAGCACCAGCAUGCAAGUGCUGCUGUUUGUGCUGAGCUUAGUUCUAUGCGAGAGCAACACAAAAAGGAUCAGCGGCGGCUAGAAAAACUACUGGUUAUAUCUCUUAACAGAAAAGAGGCACAUGACGCUGUCUGCCUCCUGCGAAUGGCCUGGAGAGGGUGGCAGCAGCAACGUCGGCUCAAACGGAGGCAGAGCCAGCUUCAAAAGGUUCUGCAGCGGCGCUGCGUGCUCCUUCUUCUACUUCGAACAUUUUCUCCAUGGAGAUCAGCAACGAUAAGGCGCACUCUGGUGCAGCAGCAGCAAAGAGCACAUCAGAUGAUACAACAUGAGACGGACCGCCUAGGCCAGGCCCACUUGGAAGGCAUGCAGCAGCAACAACAACAGCUGGCACGGCUUCAACAGCAAUUAUCAAGCGAAACUCGGCUUUGCGAAUGUUUGAAGCAGAGCUUAAUUGCGAUCGCGGGUGGGGGAGCUAUCCGAGGGGCGUUUCAGGGAGCUGUCAAACCAACGGCUUCCAUAACGACGCCAGUAGCAUCGGAGUCAUUGUCAUCUGGGAUAUUUAAAGGAAAGAGGCAGCAGCAACGCAUGCCAACUGAAGGUAUCAGGCAUAAGCAGACCCCAUUAGCUGUGGUUGGAAUGAAUGUAAACCUCGGUGACCGGCGGAAUCAGGAGCAGCUGCAGGUAGGUCACAAGACACUGGAGUUCAAUGCCCUCCAGCAGCUGCCCUGCUGGAAUUGGACUCAACAGAAUAUGGGAUUUGGGCAUUUCUCAUCACCAAGCACUGCAAAGAAGGCAAUUUCUGGAGCCAUGAAGUGCCCCAUGGACACUCGUGGACGGCGUGUCAAGUUUAUGGAUGAGGAGGCUCACCAGCAACACCAAAAGCAGCAGCCCCUCACCAACCCGUCUACAAAGCCUCAUUAUGCCGUACACCUGGAAAAAAGUGAUGCGGUGUUAGGAUGCUCCAGGUGGGCCUCUGCAUGCUGGCCCCGAAGACAAGGUUCUUCAGACUCAAUAACCUAUGGUUCCGCUCCCACCGUUGAUUGCGAUUGUUGGGGGUUGCCUCUUGGCACAAGAGCAAAGCCAAUUACGACAAAAUCACCACAAAGCCCUGAAUGGGGCAAUUUCAUUUCAACGCAUGCUUCCGCUCUUCAGGACGCCAGGACAAACGAAGGGAAGACAAACCAUGAAGGUCAUGAAAACUUUUUGUUGAGGGUGCUUCCAUGCAGCCCGUUCGGGCUAGACAACCAGGCGCAUAAGGACAGAAGGUGGACACCAGCAGCAUAG